GUGACAAGAGGGAAGGGGAGUGGGUUGAGCUCGCUCCUCUCCCAUUGUCAGCGCGUCUAGUGAGUGUUGGGAAAACCUGUCCGCGGGAUCCUGUGUCAUCUCUCCCUGCUUGUGCACAGGAAAAGUCCGCGCUGCUCACGGCUGCUCGCACCCCCUCUCUCUCCUCUCUCUCUUUCUCUGUUUCCCUUUCAUUCUGCUUCCUCGGAGCCGAAUGAAGCAGGGAGAGGGAGCAGGAUUAGAGUCAGCCACCGGCUAUCAGCGGAGCGGAGAUAAAAGGAACUGCUUCUUAAGCGCCACUGCCGCAGCCCUUGUUAAUUUUUUUUUUUUCUUCUUUCCACACAACAGUUGUGCCUCAUUAUCCGGUGCCUGGCUCGAUUUUUUUUUCUUUCUUUUUCUUUUUUUCUUUUUCUUUUUUUCUUUUUCUUUUUGAGGGUUUGAAGUUUCUGUGAUUCCGUGACUGUUACAGAAGAGACGUUAGUGUUGCCAUGAGGUCUUGAUUGUCUGCAUUUAUGAAUGAAACUGACCUAAAUCACCUGUUACCUCCAGUUUCCAGAUUGUUUGAACUUCUCUGGCCGCACAAUACAGGAAGGAAGGCUGCAGCAGCUCAGGGACCUCCAGCGUCUGCAGCAUGGGCUGGUUCACUGGGAUUGCCUGUCUUUUCUGGGGUGUAUUACUUACAGCCAGAGCAAACUAUGCAAACGGAAAGAACAAUGUGCCAAGACUGAAAUUAUCGUACAAAGAAAUGUUGGAAUCCAACAAUGUGAUCACUUUUAAUGGCUUAGCCAACAGCUCCAGUUACCACACCUUCCUUCUGGAUGAAGAACGGAGUAGACUAUAUGUUGGAGCAAAAGAUCAUAUAUUUUCAUUCAACUUGGUGAAUAUUAAAGAUUUUCAAAAGAUUGUGUGGCCAGUAUCUUAUACCAGGAGAGAUGAAUGCAAAUGGGCUGGAAAAGAUAUCCUGAAAGAAUGUGCCAAUUUCAUCAAGGUCCUGGAGGCUUAUAAUCAGACUCACUUGUAUGCCUGUGGAACUGGGGCUUUCCAUCCAAUCUGCACCUAUAUUGAAGUUGGACAUCAUCCUGAGGACAACAUUUUUAAGCUGCAGGACUCCCAUUUUGAAAACGGUCGUGGGAAGAGUCCUUAUGAUCCCAAACUACUGACUGCCUCUCUUCUAAUAGACGGUGAGUUAUACUCAGGAACUGCUGCGGAUUUCAUGGGACGGGACUUCGCUAUCUUCAGAACACUGGGGCACCAUCACCCCAUCAGAACCGAGCAGCAUGACUCCCGGUGGCUCAAUGAUCCUAGAUUCAUCAGUGCCCAUCUCAUCCCAGAGAGUGACAACCCUGAAGAUGACAAAGUAUAUUUUUUCUUCCGAGAAAAUGCAAUAGACGGAGAACACUCUGGAAAAGCCACUCAUGCUAGAAUAGGUCAGAUAUGCAAGAAUGACUUUGGAGGACACAGAAGUCUUGUGAAUAAAUGGACAACAUUCCUAAAAGCACGCCUGAUUUGCUCUGUGCCGGGCCCCAAUGGCAUUGACACGCAUUUUGAUGAAUUGCAGGAUGUAUUCCUAAUGAACUCUAAAGAUCCUAAAAAUCCGAUUGUCUAUGGAGUGUUCACAACAUCAAGCAACAUCUUUAAGGGAUCUGCUGUGUGUAUGUACAGCAUGAGUGAUGUAAGAAGGGUGUUCCUUGGUCCAUAUGCUCACAGAGAUGGUCCCAACUAUCAGUGGGUGCCUUACCAAGGAAGAGUCCCUUAUCCACGGCCAGGAACUUGUCCCAGUAAAACAUUUGGUGGAUUUGACUCCACAAAGGACCUUCCUGAUGAUGUCAUAACUUUUGCAAGAAGUCAUCCAGCCAUGUACAACCCAGUGUUUCCUAUUAAUAAUCGCCCAAUAAUGAUCAAAACCGAUGUAAAUUAUCAGUUCACACAAAUUGUUGUAGAUCGAGUGGAUGCAGAAGAUGGCCAGUAUGAUGUUAUGUUCAUCGGAACAGAUGUGGGAACCGUUCUUAAAGUGGUUUCAGUCCCCAAGGAGACUUGGCAUGACCUAGAAGAAGUUCUUCUCGAAGAAAUGACCGUCUUCCGGGAACCAACAACUAUUUCGGCAAUGGAGCUUUCUACUAAACAGCAACAGCUGUACAUUGGCUCAACUGCGGGAGUGGCACAGCUUCCUCUACACCGCUGUGACAUCUAUGGCAAAGCCUGUGCAGAAUGCUGCCUCGCUCGGGACCCUUACUGUGCCUGGGAUGGGUCCUCGUGCUCACGCUAUUUUCCUACUGCAAAGAGGCGCACAAGACGACAAGAUAUAAGGAAUGGAGACCCACUGACUCACUGCUCUGACUUGCAGCACCAUGAUAACCAUCAUGGCCCCAGCCUUGAAGAGAGAAUCAUCUAUGGAGUGGAAAACAGUAGUACAUUCCUGGAAUGCAGUCCGAAGUCACAGAGAGCCUUGGUGUAUUGGCAAUUUCAGAGGCGAAAUGAAGAUCGAAAAGAGGAGAUCAGAAUGGGUGAUCAUAUCAUCAGGACAGAACAAGGGCUCCUGCUCCGUAGCCUGCAGAAGAAGGAUUCAGGCAAUUACCUGUGUCACGCUGUGGAACACGGGUUCAUGCAAACUCUUCUGAAGGUAACCCUGGAAGUCAUCGACACAGAACAUUUGGAAGAGCUUCUUCAUAAAGAUGACGAUGGAGAUGGCUCCAAGACCAAAGAAAUGUCGAGCAGCAUGACGCCCAGCCAGAAAGUCUGGUACCGAGACUUCAUGCAGCUCAUUAACCACCCCAACCUGAACACGAUGGAUGAGUUCUGUGAACAAGUGUGGAAAAGAGACCGAAAGCAACGCCGACAAAGGCCGGGGCACUCUCAAGGGAGCAGCAACAAGUGGAAGCACAUGCAAGAGAGCAAGAAAGGUAGAAACAGGAGGACCCACGAGUUUGAGCGGGCACCCAGAAGUGUCUGAGCUGCGCCACCUCCCAAAACCUCAAACAAGUACAAACUUGCUUAGAUAAUAACUGGAAAAAUGCAAUACACAUGAACAUUUCAUGGCAUUAUGUGGAUGUUUACAAUGGUGCGAAGUUCAACCGGGUUCCACCAAUUUAAGCCCGUGAGGAACUUUCCCAGCAGGCUUUCUUCCGAAUACCAACGCUUGACAGAGAUCACAGGUGAGCGUAGAUGUUCACGUCCGCUGACUUAGGGUUUCCUCUGAAAGUUCAUUUUGCUUCCUUCGUUGCCUGAGAAAUAAAAAUGUCAUUUGCCAUCGAAAGGAGAAAAACUGCAUCAGCAAAGCCAUUUUAUUGAAGCAAGAGUUGAAAAUAAACUGCAUGGAUUUAGUAAGCAGAUGAAUAUUCCAAAACGUGAUUGGAUUCAAGGAUGUUUUGUCUACCAGCACUCGUGUUUGUAUGUACUGGAGGAGUAAAAUAAGGAGAAUGACACUGAGUGGAAUAGUCUACGGAGAUAUAAACACAUAAACCAUCCAUCAUCCAGAGUAAUGGAGUACAUUGAUCUACUACUGAUGUCUUCUUUCAGCUUUGAUCUAAAGAUGUAUUUUAUUAAAGUUAUAAUUUAAAUGUACCAUGGCAAAUAUGCAGUGAAGAUUAGCUGUUUCCUAAGCUAGAGUAGGUCUUGUCUUGCAGUUACCAUGCUAUAUCAUUUGUUUAAAAAUUCCAACUGUGUGCUGCUUUUUUACAUUGUGUUUUCAGUUCUGUAAGAGGCAGUAUAUCACUUUAGAUCCCUACUCACUGUACUAACUAUUACUUACUGACGCCAAGAAUUGUGGUCUUCCCCUUUGAAGAAACCAAACAGAUAGAAGGUUAUCACCCUGACUUGCAAAGGUAUUAUCUAAGUUAACUCUCACAUACAUAAUGUUUUCAGCCAACCAAAAAUUAAGACAGCACAAAGAGAAGAAAACAGUCAUUAGAGGCAUCCUGAAGGAUCAAGAGCAAAAUUUAAUUCAUGUGUCUCAUGAAAAGAACAUUGUCUUAACAGAGUGUUGAUAAAAUGUCUUUCCCUCUUGGCUUGAAUAUUUGCAUGAUGUGUGAGGCAUAGGACUCGCUCAUGAUUCCACAUCCCACCAAAGAUUCUAUUUUCAGUCACUUAAUGAUUUCCGAAGCAGAGAGAAAUGGGGGGGUGGGAUCAGUGACAUUCAGGACAUGUUCUAACAACAAAAUGACACAUUUCUCAACCAUUUCUUUGUGAAUCAACUAAAUUUUUACCCACCCUGUAUGAUACAAUUAUUUGUAUGAACAACUUAUAAGUGUUUUAUCUCAAUGAGAGUGAAACUAUACACUUCACCUAGAAAGUGCAAAAUUCUUUGUUUUAUGAAUAAAAUAUAAGAUAACACAAAAUGUUUCAGAAUGUAUAGCCUUUGUUGGUUGGAGAUGAUUUGCUAAGAAUCAUUGAGUUCAAAAUGCUUAAUAAAUUCAACAUUAUAGAACAGUUCAUUGGUGCUACAUGCCACACUUCAGGAAUUUUUUUCUUCGAUCCUUCAGCAUGCACAAAAAUGCAAAGUAAAUAUCUUCUUGCUAAUUAAUGAAGUAGCAUUGAUAUUUUAACUCCAGUUGUCUCCUAAUUCUAAUUAACUCAGCAUUAGCUUCUCACCUCAACUACACCAAAUUGUUAUUCCCUCUCCACUGAGAGAGUUCGCAGAUGGAAGCUCGUGUUUCAGAUUUAAUGAUUAUCUAAAUAAAAUACUAUUUGUUGACAUGUCUUUCAUAUAAAAGCCUAAAAUCAUCCUACAUCUGAUUUUAGGCUCAUAGAGUAAUGGUGUUGCUUUUGGAAAUAUGUCUUCAAAGGCAAGCUGAUAGGAUGAAUUAUUUGAGAUCACACUCUGAACAGAAAAUAUUGUCAGGAAUAUUAAGUGAGAGAAAGAGGGAUGCUCUAAAUAAGCCAUUCUCUCAUUUAAUAAGGUCUUAAUUGUCCAAACAUUUGAUGUUAUAUUUCAUUCUAAAUUUGCAUCUGAUACAAGUAUAUUGGCAAUUACAUAACUCUCCCAUUUCUUUCUAGCUCUUAACAAUAAAGGAUCUAAUGGAAUGAAGGUUGUUUGAUAACUCUAUGGAUGCCUUUCAAAAUCGGAAUGCAUUUUGUUUAGCAAUAGAAAACUGCUUAGGUUUCAAUUAAAAGUGUUACAAACAAGCAAAUAUAUUAACAUGUCUCAAUCACCAUGUCUAAGUUUCAAAGAAAGUUAUUGAUCUAACUAGGAAAUAAAUAAGUUAAUUAAUAAAGAAAUAAAUACAUAAAUCUUAUGACAGUUAUAACCUCCCAUUUUGUAUUGAGAGAGGACAGUUUGCACGAAGAAGAAUGUCCCACUUACUAAGUAAUUUAGAUGGACUUUGGCAUAUGCAUGUACCAUCACAGGUAAGACCUGCCUAAGCGAUGCAUGUGACCUUAAGCAAAUUACCACAGCAGUCUUACAAUAGCUUCAAGUUGAAAAAGGUACUUCACAGUGGAGAGAACAGGCCCCGCUGAUAGCAAAUGUAAAGUGUAAAUGCAUGCAAAUGCACACUUAUUGCUUCUUUUAUGUAUAAUUUAGUGAUUUAUAAUGGUAUGUGUUUAAUAUUUUUGCUACCUACACAUUAGACAAAGGUGUAAAUAAUUUUGAAAAGAGUAGAAAGAGCACUGUAAAAUACAAGUUUCUAUAGAUGCUCCAUUCCAGUUUGUUCACCAUCAUCCUCAAGUGCAAGAUUUCCCAUACAAGUGAUGCGGUGGCUUAUGUACUACUUAAGGGCAGAGAGGGUGUGCCCCUCCAAGAGCAUGCUUUUUGCCAGAUCGUAAAUUGUUCCGUAUCUGUAUUUAUCAUUGCAUUUCAGAUGGGAACUAGAAAACUGGAGAGAAAAAUGUAAUGACAUUGCUGCUGUAAAUUAUUCCGUUUUAGCAUGUAUUCAGUUGCUAAAUACACAUUUCUUCAAAAUA